AUGUGCAAGUUCACUGAAGGCACUGAUGCUUGGUCCACUGUUUUCACCGAAAAUCACGAUCAACCUAGAUCUAUUACCAGAUUUGGUGAUGACAGUCCCAAGUUCAGAUUCAAGAGCGGAAAGAUGUUGGCUUCUUUGCAAGCAACUUUGACCGGAACUUUGUUCAUUUACCAAGGCCAAGAAUUUGGAAUGACCAACGUGCCUAAAGACUGGCCAAUUGAAGAAUAUUUGGACAUCAAUACUAUCAACUACUGGAAAACAUUCAAGGAGACUCACGGUGGUAUGACUGCAGAGCAGCUUUUGAAAAAUAUCAACUUGUUGGCUAGAGACAACGCUAGAACUCCAGUACAAUGGGACGACUCUGAAAACGCAGGCUUCACCACUGGAAAGCCAUGGAUGAGAGUCAACGACAACUACAAAGAAGUCAACGCUGCUUCUCAGGUGAACGAUCCAAACUCUUUGUUCAACUUUUGGAAGAGGGCUUUGGAGGUCAGAAAACAAUACAAGAACCUUUUCAUUUACGGAAAGUUGACCAUUCUUGACUAUGAGAACAAGAAGGUCUUUUCCUAUACCAAGGAGUUCAAUAACACCAAAGCAUACAUUGUGUUGAAUUUCUCUGCAGACACAAUCAAGUUUGAGGCAUUGGUCAAGGGUGAUUUGGAACUUGUCCUUAGCAAUGUCGCCGAAAUUGAUGAUGGCAACUUGUCUCCUUACGAGAGUAGAGUCUAUGUUGUCAACUAA